UGAAAGUACUCGAAAGUACGUUUAAUUGCUUUUAGUGUAUUACAUCUCUGGAUAAAUAAUGCACAUUAAGGUUUUAACGGUGCUUAUGACAGUCGUAAUUGUUAGAAGCAAUCCGAUAGAGCACAAACAGGAGAAGGCUCAACCAGAGGAAGAUAAUAAAACUAAUGACUACAGCUUUAGUUACGGUGUGAAAGACAUGCACACUGGUGAUGUCAAGGAUCAAUGGGAGAAGAAAGAAGGAGGUGUUGUUAAAGGUCAGUACUCGAUGAUGGAAGCAGAUGGUUCUAUAAGAACGGUAGACUACGUUGCGGAUAAGGAGCACGGUUUCCACGCAUACGUGAAAUUUAAUGGUAACCAACAUCCGCUCUCAUCCAGUCACCAACUGGUUCACAUGGAAGCAGAAAAACUACCAAAGAAGAUAAUUAAAUCACCCAAGCCAUCCCAUGAAUACUUGUACAAACCGAGCGAAUCACGACCGCAACCCGCAAUCGUUAACAUCAAGCAAGUAAAAAAGGCACCGUCAACGACCAAAAAACCCGACAGCAUUAAAAACGAGGUCAACCCUAACCUGCAGUUUCCCCUAGAUUUGUCUUUUCUCGAGACCAAUAACAAAGUAAUUCCUCUACAAGUCAGCAAACUCAACCCAGUUGAAAUUAAAGUUAGCGACGGAUUAACCACGCAACAACAGCACAAAAUACGAAAACCGACCGAGAACCGAUUCAACCAACAGUUUGUCGAAACCGAUUUUCAACCAAUAGUCUCAAAUUUGACCUACAAAACGAAUAAGAAACCGCUCGUCACUCCGGGUUUGAGAAACUACGCGUCACCUUCACAUCUGAAAACUGCACUUCAACAGGAAAUUCAGAGCGUACCAUCAGGUCUUAAUGUUUACAAGCACUUUCCUGACAAUAAUAGACCCAGCUUUUACAUGCAACCACCACGUCAGACGAAGAACACUCCUACGCUUAUAAAAAUGAAAUACCAUUAGAUGUUAGACAUGUUUUGUUUUAUUUAUUAUUGUUUUUGUUAUUUUGUUGUAAGUUGUUUUAAAUUGUUUGUUGAGGCACCUACUUUCAAUUCGAGGGAGAUCGCGGCAUUACUGAGGAAUUAUUGCAAAUGUAAUUAAAGCUGUCGAUUUAUUGUGUGACAGUGUUUCGCCAGUGCGAGUGGCAUGGCUAUCUGACCUAUUUUCAAUGAACAGCUUUCUAAAUCUUUGUGAUAAGCUACGACAACUCAUCUAUAAAGAAGAAAUUGAUGUAGGCUCAUCUUGAUUUUUA